AUGAAGUCCUCUGUCAUCCUCCCCUUCGUGUCCCUGGCCUCGGCCAUCUGCGACCACCGCACCUCCCUCUACACUCGUGCCAUGGGCGGCGGCGAGGGCGAGGUCGAGGUCGCGACCUUUGGCUACAACGACCUCAAGGGUCCCCUCAACUGGCACAGUCACAACAACGCCAGCUCGCUGUGCGCAACCGGCACCCAGCAGAGCCCCAUCAACCUCAACGACACCUCCGCCACCGUGGUUCCCGGCUCGAGUCUGGGCUUCGACGUGCCGUCCUACCCCCACGGCGCCGUCUUCGAGAACCUUGGCAGCACGCUGGAGGUAGUGGCCCAGAACGGCACUCUGACCCGUCACGGACGCCAUUACAAGCUGAAGCAGUUCCACUUCCACACGCCCAGCGAGCACCGCGUCGAGAGCGAGUACUUUCCCAUGGAGGUGCACUUUGUCUUUGAGGCCGAUGCGGAGCUCAACAAGAACUCCACGGGCCCCAGCGCCUCCGUCGUCGGGUUCCUGAUCGAGGUGGACAACACCAAGCCGUCCGUCUUCCUCGCCAACGUCUUUUCCCACCUCGACGAGGUCGCGGAGCCCGGCUCCCACGCCGAGACGGAGGGGUUCUCCCUCUGCGAGCUCAAGGAGAUCCUCGCGAGGUCCGACGUCUACCAGUACGACGGCAGCCUCACGACGCCUCCUUGCACGCAGGGCAUCGCGUGGAACGUCGUCGCGGAGCCCCUGACCGUCGACGACGCCACCUUCCGCGCCGCCAAGAAGAUUAUGAAGUUCAACGCCCGGUACACCCAGAACGUCCCAGGCCAGAAGAACCUGCUUGAUCACUCGCGGGUCGUGCUCAACUCUAUCUCGAACUAA